GCCAUGUAACUGAAAAAGAAAAGAAAAAAAACUGUCUUCGGUGGCCUUUGGAAAUGGACCAAUAGAUUUGAGCCACCGCCACCGGAAGAAGGCAAGGCACCGUCUGUUUUGUAUUUCCGACGGGGAGGGGAGUGGGGUUGCUUCGGUUGUCCCAACUCCCAAAUCAUUUUCACUGAAAAGCGGCUUACCCCAAACAAACUCCUACCCGCCGCCCAGGCCAUCGCACUCUCAGCUCCCAAAGUCCAUGAAUAACAAGACUCGCAAUUAUAGAAAAUGAAGGAAAUUACUACACUUGGAUUUGACUCUUACUUAUGAUGGAGAGGAGAGAGCUAUGAAUAUGAAUUGUGUCUAAGUCUAACAACAACUCAGCUUAGAGACAUUAGCUCUUGCUGUUGUUCCAAACUGUAACAAAUAGUAUGAAAGCUGAUGGUGAUGAAUAUGACGACCACACCUACAAGCAUUAAACAUGAUCAUAGCUUCUUAAGGUCCAGAAGUCGUCGAUGGCGCCAGAGCAGCAUGGGCACUGCUGUCGUGGCUGUUGCAGCACUCCUAAUUGCCACCACUGCUUGGCUUUCUCUUGUCUUCUCUGGUACCACCACCCGCUGUUGGCACCGCUUGAAGGACUGGGAAGCCACCCCUCAUUCUCUUCUUUGGAACAAACGACAUUAUGAUGUAAUGUCUCUAUUGCCUCCGCCUCUACUGCCAUCCCCACCUCCACCUCCUCCGUAUCCAGAACUCACCCUUAAGCACAUUGUCUUUGGCAUUGCUGGUUCAUCGCAACUCUGGAAACGUCGCAAGGAAUACGUGAGGCUCUGGUGGCGUCCCAACGAUAUGCGUGGCCAUGUAUGGUUGGAAGAGGCAGUGCCCUCUGAGGACAGUGAUGAUUUAUUGCCCCCAAUUAUGGUAUCUGAAGACAUCUCUCGCUUUCGUUACACCAACCCCACCGGCCACCCUUCUGGACUCAGAAUCUCUCGGAUUGUGACUGAGUGCUUUCGCCUCAACUUGCCUCAUGUCCGUUGGUUUGUUUUGUCUGACGAUGAUACCGUCUUUAAUGUUGACAACCUCGUCACUGUUCUUCGCAAGUACGAUCCUUCUGAGAUGGUUUACAUAGGCAACCCUUCCGAGAGUCAUUCAGCCAAUUCUUACUUCAGUCAUUCCAUGGCUUUUGGGGGAGGAGGAGUUGCUAUUAGCUACCCUUUGGCCAAAGCGCUUUCCCGCAUUCAAGAUGAUUGUUUAGAGAGAUAUCCAAAGCUCUAUGGGAGUGAUGAUAGGCUUCAUGCAUGCAUCACCGAGCUGGGAAUACCUUUAACUAGAGAACUUGGAUUCCACCAGUGGGAUAUUAGAGGCAGUGCACACGGUCUUUUAUCCUCUCAUCCCAUUGCACCAUUUCUAUCAGUUCAUCAUGUUGAAGCAGUCGACCCUUUCUACCCUGGCUUGAGCUCUUUGGAGAGUUUGAAACUGUUUACAAAGGCAAUGAAAGUUGACCCCAAUAGCUUCUUACAACGAUCAAUUUGCUAUGAUCAUGGUCGCCACCUUACUUUUGCAGUCUCGCUUGGUUAUGUUGUUCAAGUGUUCCCCAACAUUGUGCUUCCUCGUGAGUUAGAGCGCUCUGAGCAAACUUUUUCUGCUUGGAAUGGCAUAAGUCAUAGGAAUGAGUUUGAUUUUGACACCAGAGAUCCCUACAAAUCUAUUUGUAAGAAGCCUAUCCUUUUUUUCUUAAAAGAUGUUGGAAGGGAAGGUAAUUUUUCGAUAGGUUCAUAUGCUCGUGCCAGAGGCAAAGAUGAUUUAAAGAGGAAGUUUCUCUGCUUUCCUCACUUGCUUGAUUUUCGCCAUGUGCAAAGAAUUCAUGUGUUGGGGCAUCCGCUAACCAAGAAGUGGCAUUUGGUACCGCGCAGGUUAUGCUGCAAAGUGAACCAAGACAGUGAAGAAAUAUUAACCCUUAGAGUAGGGCAGUGUAGAAAAGGAUCUUCGGGUUCUGUUGCUGAUUCCAUGUGAAAAUCAUCAUAUAUCUCUGCUAUAUUUACUCUGACCCUUUCAAAAGAAAAUAGAUUGAGAAUAUGUUCUGAAUUGCAGAUAGCGUAGAGUGAUAUAGUUGUUAAAAUUGAUAUGAAAACUAGCAGUGACAUUCAUUUUGUUCAAUAGGAAUUGCAAUGAAGUUCUUUCUUCUGAUUCUGCUCGUGUUUUUUGUUUUGUUGUAUGUUUAUAUAAGUGAGAAUGGUAUGGUAUGGUAUGGUAUGGUAUGGUAUUAUGGUCUGGUAGGUUGGGUUGGGUUGGGUUGUGUUGGAUUUGUGGGCUGAAAAUGAAGUGCAUGUGUUUGGUGAUGGCUGAUGUAGAAAGGAGUGGAAAGUAACUUCAUUGGAAUUGAUUGUUGAGUAUGCCAUUGCCAUUGCCAUUGCCAUUGCCAUGUUAUGUUAAUAAAUAUAAAUGUUCGUACUGACA